AAAAAUUAUCGUUUAAUAUAUAUUUUAGGGAAAAGAAAAAUAAAAAAUAAAUUUUAAUUUAAUUACAAUUACACUAAUCAUAUAAUCAGUGAUAUUAUAAAAAUUAUCAGUGAUAUUCUACAAAAAUUAAACAUAUUUAAAUAUUUAUAAAUAAAUUGAUUAUGAUUAAAAAGUAUUGAUUCUCCCAAUUUAAAACUGAAUAAUUAGAACAUUUUAUUUUGAAAAAUAGUAAAUGUUUUUAAUCCAUAAACAUUUUGUAAAUAAAUAUUUCAUAAUUAUAAAAAAUAUAAAAUUAAAUAAUAUAUUUUGGUAUAAUUGAUUAUAUACAUAUAUAUAUAUAUAUAUAUAUAUAUAUAUAUAUAUAUAUAUAUAUUCUACAAUUAUUGUAUAAGUGAUUAAUUGUUAGACUAAUUCUUAUUGAUCCAUUACAUAUAUAUUGCUGGAGGCAUCGGUCACAUUGUUUGUGUGACCGGAUUGGUUUUUGAUGACAAGGGUGAAUUGGUGGAGAAAAUCUAUCAGUAGAGCACUAUGCCAAAAUUUUGUCUUCAUUUCCCAAGUGUUUGAAAGCGUCAUGAUCCGUGUAUAAAAUAAACUCUUGAUGUAAGAGAUAAUGGUGCAUAUUCUUGAUAGUUUGAACUAUGGCGUAAAACUCAAUGUCAUACAUACUACAACAAGCACGAGAUCCCGCAAUAUUUUCACUAUAGAACGCAACAGGUGGACUAUUCUGCCUAAGAACCAUGUGUAUCUUGAUUUUACAAGCAUCUCAAUGUAGUUUGAAAUCUUGUGUAAAAUCUAAUAAAUAGUUAAAAUAUGAUCUGAAACCAAGUGACUUUUGAGUUUUUCGAAAGCUGCAUUAGCUUCUGAAGUCCACAGAAAAGAAAUUUCUUUCAUGCAUCCUGUAAGGGGAGCCACUAUAUUACUAAAAUGAUGAACGAAAUGACGAUAAACGAAACAAUUCCGUGGAAGCUGCAAACUUCGCUAAUUGACCGAAGAAUUGGCCAUGAUCGACUUGAUUGCUUCAACCUCACCCGAAUCGACUUUAAGGUCCUGAUUCGAUACUAUAUAAUCUAAGAACAGAACAUGAUCAACACCAAACACACACUUAUGCUGUGCAUAAAAAUAAACAUUCACGUCGUAGUACAAGUACGUCCUGUAGAUGUGACACAUAACUAUACACAUUGGUGCUAAAGAUCAAAAUGUCGUCGAAGUAGACUACCACAAACUUUCCAAUGAAAGGACGAAGAUCUUAAUUCAUAACUCUCAUGAAGGUGCUAAUUGCAUUCAAAAAUCCAAAAGGCAUGACUAUCCAUUCUAAAAGUCCUUCCCGUGUCUUGAUAGUUGUUUUCCAUACAUCUCCUGGACGAAUACGAAUUUAAUCGUACCCGCUUUUGAGAUCAAUCUAUGUGAAUAUGGUUGCUGCUCUGAUCUGGUCAAGAAGAUCAUCCAGUCUUGGUAUGUGAAACUGAUAUAGUGUCGUAAUUUUGUGAAUGGCACGGCAAUCAACACAUAUACGUCAAGUAACAUCCUUCUGAGGAAUUAGUAGAGAUGGAAAAGUGGCUGGACUUGUCCUUUGGUGAGAAGUUCUUCCACUUUUCUUUGCAGAUCGUCAUGCGCUUGUGCGCUCAAUCUAAAAUGAGGUCUAUUGGAAAGUAUUGCCUUGGGAGCCAAGUCGAUUUGAUGUUGUAUGUCCCUUAAUGGUGGGAGAUCACUAGGGAUUUUAUCUGGAAAGAUAUCACUAAAUUCAGUUAGUAGAGGAUCGAGGGUGGUCAAGAUGGUGUGAUACGUUGAUGGAGUUGAUGGAGAAGCAAUGAGUGCCCAAACAAUGGCAUUAUCUAUUAAUUGCUUCUCAAAAGCUGCUUUUGGUAAGGUUAACAAUGCGUUUUUCUGAAGCAGACUUAACAGGACUGUUGUCAGUUCGAGAACUUAGUUCAUGUUUUUCUUUAGAUGAAAGUAAAGUGAUAGUUUGAUCCCCAAAGAAGAAGUUGUACAUGUUUUUUUUGCCUUGGUGGACUACGUCACGCUCGAAUUGCAAUGGGAGACCGAGUAAGAGGUGACAAGCGUCCAUCGAAAUGACAUCGCAAGUUGUUGAAUCCUUGUAAUUGCCGAUGGAGAAGGAAAGGAACACUUGCUUGGAGACUUUAAUAUAUGUACCGUUAUUGAUCCAAGCGAGCAUGUAAGGUGACAGAUGAGCAGUGAAGUCCAAGCCUAAUAUAUGUGUGUCUUGUGAGAUUUCUUUGGCAUAGCUUCCCAAAUCUAUAACGAGCUUAGAGAUUCUGCAGUUGAUGGUGCCUGUUAAACGAAACAGGUUAGUGUGUGCCAUGAUUCUUGCGAGGCCUUGGGAAUAAGACAGUUCUGGCGAAUGACCAAAAUCAAACGGUAUCACCCUGUAAAAUGUCGGUAUUUUCUUCAUUUUAUGCCUCACAAACAUCAAAAAUUGGUUUGCUGUCUGCUUCCUGAAUGAUGAGACCCCGAUUUGUUUGCUUAGGACAUGCCGUUUGGCCCGUUCUCCACAUGAGAAGCAAACAAGAGCAUUUGUCGAGUUGGUCACGAGUUUGCAAUUGAUUUGGAAUUGGUUCCUGAUUUCGGAAAGUCCAAGCGUGAAGUUUCACCAUCCGAGGAAGUUUGACCUGAGUUAUUGCCCUUGGAGGCGGAUUGAAAGAAAGCACAAGAUGUUGAGGUCCACUACGAGCGGAGUGGAACAACAUUGAAAUUACUCGUUGGGGAGCAUCUGAAACAGAGAUCCGGUUGAAUUGAGCUAGUGCCACUUUUAACUAAGCUCGAAAACCUCCAAAGAAGUGAGCAAUGAGUUUCUUUCGGUUUCACCCGAAGUCAUCUUAGCCUUCAUCAGAAAAUUAUAUUGCAUAUUCAUAAACCGAUCGUGAUCGUUGUCUUAAGUUUUGUAACUUAUUGUACAAGGUACAUUCAUAGUUGAAUGGUAAGAAAUCUCAACGCAUGUGUUUAUCAAGUGAUCUCAUGUAUUUAUACGAAAUUUCUUAUCUUUUCGUCGAGACUCUUUAAGUUGUUGCCACCAAGCCAUAGCUCAUCCUUUGACGCGUGUUGCGAAAAGGGAAACCCUAACAUCAUCCAGAACUUGACGAAACUCAAGAACUUCAACCGUGUUUAACCAGUCAAUGAAAUCCUCGGGGUAUAAGGUUCCUUGAAAUUCCAGAAUAUCAGAAAAAAAUCUGGACUCCUAACGAUUCUGAGGUCCUUAUCGUUGAUCAUUGAUGAGUCAUCAAAUAAAGCUAACUAUGGAAGACUCAUCUGCUCAAGAAAUUCAAAGUAAAGUUCAACGGCUAAGUCUUGAGACUUAGUCUUCUCUUUUUAUUUAUGUUUUAUACAAAUAAUUAGAUCACUACUUCACUUCCUAUUUGAUAGGAACAAAGUAACGUGCAUCACUUUCCCAUUAUCUUUUCCAUUAUGAAUUUGCUUUCAAGUUUGUAGGAAUGUGUAGUUCCAAUUUGUUUUCUAUAUAAAUCAAAAAGCCAAAAAAAAAAGGCAGAGAAAUUUGCCUGAAAGUUACUUGUGUUCUAAGUUCUAUUUUGCAAGUGUUUGUGAUCAACAAUUAUAACCUUUAAUAGAGGUUUAUCAAUCAUGAUCAUCUCUGCGAACGUUGUAUUUCUCGUUUUGAUGGUUGACAUAUCGCCCUUGUUUUUCAUUGUGUUUCUCAACAAAUUUGUCGACCAUAUCUUCCUCAUCUGAUGCUUCAAGUGGAGCAUCGUGUUGCUGAGGUUGAUGUUGCUGUCGAUCUCCCGGAUUAUCAUGUUGAUUGCAUUGCUGUCGAUCUCCUGGAUUGUUAUACUAAUAAUAAAAGUCCUAAGUCUUUAAGUAUUAGAAUCUAACCUCUUAUCCUAAAGUCAUUAUUCAUAAUUUGUUUUGUAAUAAUAAUACAAACAUUUACCUUAAAAAAAGGAAAGCACAAAAGCUUUCCAGGAAUAAGAACAUAUGCUGCAUUACUUGACAAACUCAUCUGUCUUCCUUUCACACAACAAUCUUUAGCCCUAGAUAAACAAGAAAGCUAUUGAGCAGCUUCUUUAUGAAUCUCUCAAGAUCUUGGAUUUGUGAAACAUUUCCUAGGAUGUUUUUACGCAGCUGAAAGAGAGUUUCAUGGAGAUUCAAUAGAUGCUGAGAAGAAAGCACAGAGACCUAUUGGGAGAGGUCAAGAAGUACUAAGCCUCAAUAACAUCCAUCAAGAAGUCACCGCAAAAAGACCUUAAGAGUUUGAAUGUGAAAAAGACCACGAGUGCAAAGAUGAAUAUUUGGCAGUGUUUGGACAAUCAGAAGCUAUUACAUUUGCUAAGUUCGAUUCACUGUUGUUGGAGACCAGUUUGGUUACAUUGUCAAAACCCUUCUUAAAGUCAAAUCGGUCGAUUUAAUUAAUGAAAAUUAGGAAAAAAUAUAAAAUUAGCAAGGAACAAAAAUUGGCAAAAAAAUAAGUCAGCGAUAAAAGAGACAAUACCCUAAAACAAAAGGAAAAAUCUAGAUGGAAUAGUAAAAGACACAUACUACAUUAUAUAAUUAAGGAGGCUUCCCAAGUGUAAACGGAUCAUAUAAACUCAUGGGAAAUUAUCUCAACAACUUUCUACACAAAGCCGAUAACUCUCCUAAACAUCUCCCGACGACUUUAUCAUCAUUCUUGUAUUGAACUAUGAUUUGGCUUGAUCCACGAUCAAAAAGUAGACAUACAACUUUAAACCGGAUUCAACUAUAAUAAAUAUAACUGCUUUUAUGUUCAUUCGCCGAAUUCCAAUCACAAUACAGAGAUUUCUCCUAAACUUUCAAUCGAAAUCCUACUCUUACUAAAUGUGUUGAUUUUAGAUUCAAAAGAUUCAUCUAUGGAUUAAAGAAUUACAGAAAAUGAUCACUCGUCUAAAAUCUAAUGAACCAAAAGAAAGUUACAAGCCAAGCUGCAACAAACAAAUUAACAAUGGUUCUCCGGAUUCCAAUCACAGAAGACCUUAAAUAUAGAAUGUGCAAAUCCUAGAGUCAUGCAUUCGAGAUCUUGAAAAUGAACUUGAAUCUCUUUUCAAGUGCUAGGCGAUGGAUGAAGCCGAGAUCGAGCCAAUGUGUUCUCUCGGUUUUACAGAGGGUGGGAGGGAGAAAAAACUUCCUAUCAAAUACCAAGAUUUAGAAUGAAAGACAGUACAAAAACGAGGAAAACAUGGCCAUUGUGGUCGUGGGUGUAAUCGCUAGCUACUAUCUCUCAUUUUGUUGUUGGUUUUGUUCAUUUCUAUCUAAGUAGUUUCUUAGGUACGAGAUGUCAUUUAUCAUGAUAUAUGUUCAUGCAAAUUUUAUCUCGUUAUUAUCGUCUUUUCUAAUAAAUAUUUAUUUAAUUUAAAUUUGAAAUUCUUUUGUCAAAAAAACCCAUCGUACUCGGCUUUUAUACAACAACUCUGUUGCACUCUCUUAUUUGAUGAUGACGCGGCUUUAGUGAUUACGUUCUUUUGAUUAGUAUAAUCAUAAAUUUAUCAGGCAAACGUGUGCAGACAGAGAGACUUAUAAAUCAGAAAAUAUUCAGACGCAGGAGACAAAGAAGCCAAGCUGGAAUUGAUAAAAGGUAUUGAGAGUGCUUGUGCAGUUACACGGUUUGUAAGAUAAUAAAAGCUUACAUUUAGGGCCUUAUAGGCUUUAUUUCCGCACCUUCAACGUGAUUACCUGACUCUUUUAUCAGCAUUGUCUAUUCCUUGUCCUAUGGCUCAUUCUACUCUGGAAUCUCACUGAGAAAAAUAUAUAUUUUAGUCCUUGAAGAUAUGCACGAGAUUUACACGAGUGGCAUUGCCUUGAAUAGCAGACAAGCCAGACUGGAAUAUAUCUCAUUGCAAUGAAAACUAAUCUCAAUGCAUUAAGUAAAUUGAGAUGUAGCUGGAGGGAGACACUGAGCUUAUAUGGUGGAGAUCUCUACCAUUAUUUGUGUAUAAUGAGAAAACGAUGCCUUGUGCCAUCUUGAAAAGGAGACAUUGUAUUAAUGCUGUUAAUAUUAUAAUCACUAUGAGAUCCCUCUUGCCUCUCUUUCUUAGAUGUUUAUAUAUGUAUUGACUUGAGAGGCAAUGAGAAGGCAGAACAAACAUCUUUAUCUCUCUCAGUGCCUUCUCUUUGAUCAAUAACAAAGAGCUUAGAUUCCUAAAAAAUGGCAGCCUCUUUCCACGUUCGCUCUAACAGUUUCCCUUCUAGAACUCACCCACAAGCCGCUCAUGUCGAUGAGCAGUUGGCCAGAUUGAGAUCAUCUGAGGAAGCCUCAACAUCUUCAACCUAUUCAAUCUGCAAAAGAAUUGACAACCUCCAAGAGCUACAUGAGUCACUUGCCAAGCUUAUUUGCCUACCCGUCACACAACAGGCUCUAGCUCAAGGACAGAACAAGAAAGCCGUCGAGCAGCUUCUUGAUGGAUCACUAAGGAUCUUGGAUUUGUGCAACAUUUCUAAGGAAGCUUUAUCGCAGAUGAAAGAGGGUCUCAUGGAGAUCCAAUCGAUUCUACGAAGAAAGCGAGGAGAUUUAUCAGGAGAGGUGAAGAAAUACUUAGCCUCAAGAAAGUUCCUCAAGAAGACAUUCCAGAAAGUACAAAAGCCCUUGAAGCUUGCACAAGAUGGAGAAUCUUUGGCUGUCUUUGGAGAAGCAGAAGUUGUUACAAUUUCUCUGUUUGAUUCUCUUUUCAGCUACAUGUCUGGAUCAAAGAUUUGUGGCAAAUGGUCACUUGUCUCAAAGCUAAUGAGCCAGAAAAGAGUUUCAUGUGAAGCACAAGAAAAUGAAUUCACAAGGGUUGAUUCUGAAUUUCAAUCUGAAAAGACCAUGAAGAUAGAAGAUGUUCAGAUUCUAGUAUCAUGCAUUCAAGAUCUUGAAGAUGGAGUUGAAUCACUUUCAAAGUCAUUGAUCAAAUAUAGAGUCUCAAUUCUUAACACAUUAGGCCAAUAAAGCCUAUAAAUUAUGUAUAGCAGAGAAGAUAAUAGAAACGUCUUCAAAGUCUCAGUUCUAAAGUGUUUAGUUAUUUAAUCUCUGACUCUUUAACCAUCAAAGAAAAAGUUCAUUCUAGAAAAAAGAAAUCAGAAAGUUCAGCAUUAACUCUUUGAACUCGAAAAUUACACAAACUUUAACCUAAUGGUAAAACAUUAGUUUAAUAACUUAAUCCAUCUAAUUGGAGCUGUCUUUGGUUAUUUACUACAAUAAAAUCACUGAGUAAUGAGAUAAUUGAAUUUCACACGUCCCAGCAAUGAUACCUCUGUUAAUGUCUGUAUGGUACCAUACAUUUGAAGUGAUUCAAGAAAAAAAAAACUUUAAAGUCUUCAUGUGCUUACGCAUGUUAAAAUAACGACGAAUAUGGAUCUUGCCGUCUAUUAUCAAUAUUAAACUUUGAUUUCUUUGGAUCCACACUUUUUUUUUGAACUAAGAUCGACACGUUUUCUACAACUAAUUACUCGUUCAUGUCUAUGUAGUGGGACACCAAAAAGUAAAGAACUUAAAAAUUCUCGGUGUGCUUGCACAUGUCAAAAUCGCUGGAUAAGGAUCUUGUCUCUAUUCUAAUAUUGAAACGGUCGUUUAUUUUCAAAUAUUGGUAUAGUAUUAAGGUACACAUUUUUUUUUGUUCGGUUGAAAUAUUUUAGAUACAAAAAUAAAUAAAUUUAUUUUAGUUAAUGAUUUAGUUCUUUGUGUUUGAAUUGAUUUUUUUUUGUUUUAGUUAAAAUGCUAAAAAUUAGUUAUCGUAGUGCAUAAUCUAUCCUUACAUUUUAUCUAAUAAUAUUAGUAAUAAAUAUUUAAUAUAUUUGACUAAAUUUGUAACACUGAAAAGUAAAUUACAAAAAAAAAAAACACAGGUUAAACCAAGUGGUUUUGGCCUAGUAAUAAAUAGGUUUCAGUUGGAAUUUCUGCCCUGAGUUCGAUUCCUCUUAACUACCUAUAGACACCUCUUGAUGAUUAGUCAUAAAAAAUCUUUGGGAUCACACCAAAAUUAUCAAAAAAAAAAGAACGCACAUUAACGUAUGUUCCACACCACAACCAAAGUGUAAUCACUGUAUGUGCGGUUUUGUAGUAAAAUAAAAGAAACAAAAAUAUUUAUUUGUUUUGUUUUCACAAGUGCGGUUUUGAUCGGUUACUGUUGGGUUAUUCAAUUUUUUUUUGAGUGGUAACAUAUGCAUUUUUUUCUCUCUCCAUACCACAAAUACGCUCCGCUUUUUGGACGCCAAUCACAACAUUAGACUUAGCCAGACAGCUUGAAGAUAUUGAAAUUCGAUUAUAGUCCAAAUUCGGUGAUGUAAGUUGUUGCAAAGCUCGUUAAUUAUAGUGUAAUUCAUCAUUGAUUUUUUUUCAACAAAACGAGUGAACUAAAUGAAUAAUCUAUCUUAUAUUAAAGUACUAGGAUCGGUUCACCCUACGGGCGGGAAAUUAUAAUAAAACUAUUUUAUAUGAUUUCAUAUUAAUUAGAUCAUAUUGUUAUUUUCAAUAAAUAUUUUUAGUUUGAAUUAAAAUGACCGUAACCUUCAUUAUUUUCUAUUUUUAGAGAAUAAAAAAUUAGCAAAAAUAUUUUAGUGAAACUAAUAAUAUAUACAUAUAUAUACUAUUAUUAUUUCUAUUUCAAUUUGAUAUAAUAAAAAAUAUAAAGUUUAAAUAAAUAAUAAUAAAUUUAUUUUAAGAAUAUUUAAAUUUUAAAACACUUUUACACAAAUUAUUUCUUUCAUGAUAAUAAAUUAGUCUACCUCCAAGCUAAGUCAUUUAAAAUAUAAUUGAUAAAAUAAUUAAAUCUCAAUUUUAAAACACUAUAUAUAGUUUAAUAAUAUCAUUAAAAUAAUAUUUUCUAAUUUAACAGGAAAAUGAUGUUUCCGAAUAUAAUUUUUUAGAUCAUAAUUAUAUCUGGAAUGAAAUAUUAAUGAAACUUUAGUGUUUUGCUGGUUAUGUUUUGUAACUUAUUAUAGCUUUUUUGUUGAACUAUGUUUAGUAGCAAAAUUAUUUGUUACGAAUUUUUCUCAUGCUAUUUUAAAAUAGUGUUUUAUAAAUUAAUGAAAGAGUACACUUCUAUAUUUUGACUUUAGUUAUGUACCACUUCAUAUCAAGUAAUUUAUUGGAGGAAGUUAGAGUGAAGCAAAACAUAACUAAACAAUGAAAAAUUAAAAUGUUAUUUUUAAUUUAUUCUCGAUUGAAAGUGAUUUAAUAUAUAUUACCAUUUGUUUUUAUUCUUAUUUAAAACUAUAGGCUUAUCUAACUAAUAAGAAAAUUGUCAAUGUACAUUUUUAAUACUGGUUUUGCCUCAAUUAUAAUAGUAAACACAUAAAACUAUACAGAAUUACAGUUGAGAUUCAACACAUAAUUGUUUUUCUCUAUGUUUUUGAAUACAUUUUGCACAUUUUCUUUGAAAUCCAUUGUUUUAAAUUAUGCAAAAAGUAAUCUUUAACUAUCGUUUUUUAUUCAAUUUUUAACUUACCACAUUACUAUUUAAAGAUUUACAUUUUUUAAAAUUAUCAAUUAAACCAUAUCAUCCAAAAUAAUUAAGACUUUUUAAAACUAAUUAUUUUUUAGCAUAUCAUCUAUAUCUCUUUGUAUGCAGCAUUAUCCAUCUUUUUAUCCCUCAAAGCUUUAAGCUUCUUCUCCUUAUGUUUUUUUUUCAAACUCCGGUUCUGAUUCGCUUUUCUUCUCUAUCUCAUGCUCCUUGCCAAUCAUCUCAUCCUCCUGAGUCGUAGCUUCAUCACCCUCCAGAUGUCAUGAUCUGAAUAUUGAACAAAAUAUGAAGAGCGCAUCAGCCUCUGGUCUUUUUCAAAGGAUUAAGAAGUUGCUGAUGAAGAAAAAUUUGUAUUUACAUAAUUAUUUUUCUUUAUUAUCUUUUAUUACUUUAUUUCUAAUUUGUUUGUUGGAAUCUUUAUUUUGUUGCAGUUGACUAAAUUUCAUAUUACAAUUGUUGAAACAAAUUGAAUGGGGAUAAGUUCUAUUUUAUUAUGGUUGCGUAGAAAUUUUAAUCUAUUUGUUUAAAUAAUCUAAUUUUUUUUUGUUUUAUGUGUUUUUUCCGGGUUCUUUUAUAUUGGUCUAUCGUUCUUACUGUGAAACUAUAUAUAUUUUCUAUUUCCGUAUCAUUUCUGAAACUAUAAUUGACCUUUUUAAUCCAAUACAUGAUUUCUACAAAAGAUUUUUCUAUUUUCUGGAUACGAUAACAUUUGAUAUUUUGAUAUAUCAUGGUGUUUUCUGUUUGAAGUAGUAAGUGGCGCAUUUAUCAACAAAUCACACACAUAUAGUGUAUAUAUAUUUUACCAUUAAACCUUUUUAGUAAAAAUAUUUAAAUUACUUUAUUUAUUAUCAAUUAUAAGUGACAUCAACUUUCACUAAUAGUUCCAAAUUGUUUUUGCCUUUUUUUAUAUUCUUUAUUAUUCUAUUUAUAAAACUUAUACUUUUUUGAUCAUUAAAAUAUUUAAAUUUAAUUGUUUUACUUUGUCCUUAAUGUUGUUCUACUUUCCUUGCAGACAGAAGUUUUUAAAAAAAAUAUAAAUAUGUGCCAUAUAUGUUGAUAAUAUUAUUGAUUAUCGAAUUUAUGUUUUUUUUAAAUAAAAUUCAAUUAAAUAUUUAAAAUAUAAAUAUUUAUAUAUAGCUAAUUUUAUUAGUUAUAUUAUUUUUAUGAACUAUACUGAAAUAAUUAUUUAUAAUUUAUAUUUUCAUUUGGUUUUGAGUUGAAAAUAUACAACUUUGUUUAUUAAAAUGUUUAUGGAUGAUGUGUUAUUCAUACUGUUUGGUUGAACUAAUAAGAUUAACAGGUGCAAUUUCUUAUAAACUUUUUAAUAAUUAUGGUAUUUUACUUGAUGAUGUGGUCUCAAUGAAAGAGAGUGUUUUUUUUUUUUUUUUUACAAAAUAAAAUUUAUAUUUUUAUUCUAAUUUAUUUUUAUGACAUUUUCAAAUAGCAUGUAACUUUUAGAAACCAAGUUUAAAUCCAAGCAUAAUCAAGUAUAUUACAUAUGUGGACAUAAACCUGGAAAUGGGCUUUUUAUCUCUCUCGCAUAACUUACACAAUAUAAGACCCAAUCGUAAUGUGAAUGGCACAUAAAUUGAUUUGUUUACGUUUUUAUUUAAGAGUUUUUUCUGAAUUAUCCUAAAACCAAAUCAAAUUAAAGAGAACAUAUCGUCCACUUAAAUCUCAUCGUCUUCUGUCCUCUCAAUCUUUAACGGCGUAGUUCUAAACAAAAUCUACACAGCCGCACAAUCCACUCCGUCUCCGCCAGCGAUCCACUGGUUCCCACCUCUCGGCAGCGACGGCCAUCAGAUAUACCUCUCUCUCUCUCGUCCCUUUUCGGAAACAACAAAGACAUCGUGAGCGAUGUCUCAGUGGUGUGUUGGUUGGCAACGGUUACGUCACUAACUCAGCCCAAACUUCAUCUGAAAAGUCAAAUAUGAAGGUGUCGACUCAAUAUUCUCAAGAUCGCUAUUUAAUUAAAACAACUACCUUGUCGUUCGUGAGCAUGGCGGCGCUGAUCAGGGGCGGAUCCAGAACGGGUCAUUACUUUCUCGAUCGUGUUACAAUUGAAAGAGUAGGAAUUUGGAAUGUCUUUUGCUGUAAACAGAAUUCCAGAGAGAUAAAUAGUGAAGAAUGGAAUGUAGAGUGCAGUGGUGAGAGCCAUGGAAGUCGACAUCCAUAUUUAUAGGUACAAUUCUGAGAAACGCAAAGACGGUGGGGUUGGAUAAUUUACUGCAUCCUUUAGUGGGAGGCUUAAGUUUGUUGUCGUAGUUAUGAAGCUUUAUUAGAUCAAUUGAAUGAGGCGUUUGCUAAGAGUCUCUGGAAGAUAGGGUAUGCGAGGAGACGAUUGCCAAGCCCAUCUAAUUUGAGAAUUAAUGAAACGCACAAUUUCGUUGCAGGAGGACA